AAGAUGCUUCUCUCAUGGGUAACAAUAAAACAGAGUCUUGCAGAUUUUGGAUUUCUGGUCGUGGAUGUUUUCACAGCUGGUAAAAGGGAGAGCUUUCAAAGAACUUUCAUCCUCUUCCUGACCUGCAGCUCCUCCAGCCUGCUGCUCGGCACCCUGCUCUUCCUCUACCUGCUCUACACCCUGGACUAUGACACAGCAGUGGCUGGAGGGAUUGCGGGCUGCUUUGGAGCAUUGCUUACCGGCGCUCUCUUCUUGUCAAAAAGAGUAAGAUGCUUAGGGACUCUCUUUGUUAUCUCUAUUUUCAUGAAGAAGAGUCGAAGCUUGCUGCUAACUGCCGGGACCAGUUUGGUAGUUCUCAAAAACAUCCGCAACACCUUGGAAAACCUCACAGGCCUCCUCAGGAGCAUGAUUUGCAACCUCAAGGCAAAGAAGUCGGCCAUCACAGCCCCUUUCAGUAACUAUGUCAAUAUGUUGAAGUGGAUAGGAAACAUGCUGAAAGGGAUAACAGACCUGGGAGUAGUGAACUUUGACUCCAAGCUGAAGGUUUCACCCAGACUGGAAUCAGAAAAAUUCAGUGAGAAACUCAGAACAGCGGAGCAGAAGCUGAAUGAGACCGUGAAAUUUGCACAGUCCCUGGUGAAAACAGUGUCCUCUGUGACCGACAGGAUGUUUCCUGCCAUCAGCUUCCUCGUGCUCAUGAUGUUCAUAGCCUUGCACAUAAGAAAAUACCGCAGUGACAUGAAAUAUCAAAACAGGUAUAUUGGCGGCAGAUUUGUCCGUUUUGACGAGAAGCAGAAGGCAGAAGGAAAGCCCCACCUCCUCCCCCUCACACCAGAGGAGGGGAAGCUGUACACAGCUAUCCUCUCCGCCCGUCCCACCGCCAGGGAGAGGAAAGCUGUUCUCAAGUUUGGUGCUUCAAUUGUUUUCCAUUUUGUGACUUGGGUCAUAUUUAUAACUGUGGAUGCUUUAUUGUACUGCUUUGUGGAUAUUAUAACGACAAAGUUAUCAGAGCUGGAACCCUUCAAUGUCCCCCUGUUGAUGAGAAUCAAAGGGAUUGCGACUUUAAUUGGUAUACCCCUUAGUGAGGAGAGUCAUCAAAAAGACUUUUCCUUCUCCGUGACCUUGUUCGAGAAGAAGUGCCUUCCUAAACCCAAGCUGCUGCUCUAUAACUCCAUAUGUCCACUGGCUGUCAUUCUGCUCGUCCUGCUCAUUAUGGCCCUGGUGGCUUCCAAAGUGACCCAGCUCAGGCUGAUGGUCUGUGAGCGAUUCUUCUCUACCGCUGCGGAGGAGAGAGUGGCGUACCUGCACGCCAAGAUCCUGUUGAAGAGAUUGAAAAGGAGGAAGGAUAAAAACAACUCUAAGCUCAGAUCACUAAUUCUAAAGCCUCGUUUCUGGUGCCCGCUGCUCUUCCGACCCAAACAGAAUCCACAAAGUGUCGUGUGA